GGAGUUUUGUUGCUACAUUGGAACUAGGAACUGCAUAAAUAGGCUCAUUUGUAGGCCGAACACUCCUGUAGUAACCUGUGAAGAGGACGAAAGAACGAAUAUUUGGCUGGAUAUCCUCACAUGACGGCAGGGCUGGAGGAGCACCGCUUACAAAGCUCAGUGUUUGUACUGGUCAUCAGAAUGCUUCCAAAGCUUGUGUCCUCCUCCUUGAUUUUUUGCUGCUGAUCCUGACCUCUGACCUCUAAGGCAGUGAUGGCAGACCGCUGUGACCUUGCCCCAGGUCAGCGGUACAUCGAGGUGGACUACGACUACGACUACAAGUUCAAAGACCGUAUGAUCAGCAUCAAACAAGGGGAAUGUUACCUGCUGGUGAAGAAGACUAACACGGACUGGUGGCAGGUGCGCAGGGACGAAGGCAGCAAGGCCUUCUACGUCCCCGCCCAGUACGUGCGGGAGGUGCGGCGGGCACUCAUGCCGCCUCCUAAGCCCCUCCUGCACGCCAGCGGGGCUGUGGGCACAAGAGGAGGAUCCAAGAAGAACCACCCGACGGUCCUAGACCUCAAACAGUCUGACGAGAGUUUGAACAAACGAACACCUGCCCCCUCGUCUUCUGGUGGACAGCAGGUGGCACUACAGCCACCCAGAGAUGAUAGAGGCAGUCCAAAAAGCCCUAGGAGACCGACGAUGCACGGCUCGCUGCCUCGGAAUCGGGCAGAGUCUCCACUGGGCAUAAGAGUACUCCUAGACUUGGAUGAGGAAUGCAACAGGGAAGGAGAGAGAGUGGGAAAUGGAGAGACAAAGGAGGAAGAAGUGCAAGAUAAAAGCACAGCACCCAGAGAGGAUUCAGAAUCUGGGGAAGAACUCAGCAGCAGUUCUACUGAGCAGCUACAGGGAAGGCCUGACUCUCCUGUACACACUAGCCUGCAGCAGCUGAAGCUUUCUCCAUCUGGUCUUCCUCCACUGCCCUCUGGACCUGCCCUCAGCACGAACGGAGACUGGGAGACCCACAGAGACACCAGUGGACGCCACUUCUACUACAACGUCUCCACUCAGGAGAGGACCUGGAAACCCCCACGGGCACGAGAUAGCAGGAAGUGGGCGCGACACGACUCCAGCCCCACCACAGACACAGAGCCUCUGUCAUCGGAGGAGUACUACCUCAGUAGCCAAUCAGAUAGCCAGUAUGGCUCACCCCCUAGAGGCUGGUCUGAGGAACUUGAUGAAUAUGGACACACGCUCUAUGUGUGUGACUAUACUAAUGAGAAGUGGAUAAAGCACACAGACGAGCAAGGUCGGCCGUAUUAUUACAGUGCAGACGGCUCCAGAUCUGAGUGGGAACUUCCUAAAGUCGACCCCAGAACACAACAGGGGAGUGGAGAGACGCACAAAACAUGCAGCCUGGACCGAAAACAUCCCGCCCCCAUCAUGAACAAGUGGAGACACAGUGCAUACCUACUAGAGGCUAAUGAAAUUUUUAAGCAGAGGUCUGUCAAAAACCGGCGAAUCUUCUCCCUUCGCAAAGGCUGCUCCCGCCUUCACCCGUAUAGGUCACAAGAACCUCUAAAAGCAGGUACCCCAGAUUCAGACAACUGUGACCCCUCCUUUCCCAAACAUCCCCAUUCGCCCUCAGAGAAAUCUGGAAACCUGAACGUCACCAAAAUCACAGAACAAGGCAAAAAAGUGCGGAAGAACUGGACCGCCUCCUGGGCAGUUCUACAGAGUUCCUUUCUGAUAUUUGCCAAGAGUCAGGCGACAGCCAGCAGCUGGUUUGGCCACCAGUCAAAGCCAGAGUUCAGUGUUGACCUGAGAGGAGGCAGUGUAGAGAGAGCAUGCAAAGACAAAACCAGCAAGAAGAAUGUUCUAGAGGUGAAGACUCGGCAGGGUACAGAGCUCCUGAUCCAGUUGGAUACUGAAAGUGCCAUCAAUGACUGGCUCAAAGCACUGACUGAUGCCAUAAACACACAUGCCUGGGAGUCUGAUGAGGCUAUAGAAGAGGACAUGCCGGAGUCUCCUGGAGCAGAUAAACCAGACAAAGACCAGCAGAAAAAGACCAAAACAAAACUGAAGAAAUUUCUCACCCGCAGACCCACACUACAAGCUGUUAGAGACAAGGGCUACAUCAAAGACCAGGUGUUCGGCUGUAACCUGAACAGUUUAUGCCAGAGAGAAAAAACCACUGUGCCUCGCUUCGUCAAGAUGUGUGUGGACCAUGUGGAGAAUCACGGUUUGAAUUUGGAUGGGCUGUACAGAGUCAGUGGGAAUCUGGCAGUCAUACAGAAGCUGAGAUUUGCUGUUAACCACGAUGAGAAAAUAAACCUGGCAGACAGUAAAUGGGAGGACGUUCACGUGACCACUGGAGCGCUGAAGAUGUUUUUCCGGGAGCUGCCAGAGCCACUCUUCUCUUUCGCUCUCUUUAAUGACUUCGUCAGUGCCAUUAAAAUCUCAGACUAUAAGCAGAAAGUUCAGGCCAUUAAAGAGCUGGUGAAGCAGCUACCACGCCCCCACCAUGACACGAUGCAGACACUCUUCAAGCACCUCAGAAAAGUGAUAGACCACAGUGAGGAGAAUCGGAUGACGACACAAAGUGUGGCGAUCGUCUUUGGGCCAACUCUACUGCGUCCUGAGAUUGAGACUCUAAACAUGGCCGUGCACAUGGUGUACCAGAACCAAAUCGUUGAGCUCAUUCUGCUCGAGUAUGAGGCCGUAUUUGGCAGGUAAGUGCACUCACCUGGACCAGCGUGGGACAGGUCUCCAGAGGAGACCGAGGACUGUUCCUGAAAGGACAACAUGUGUUGAUUAUUAGAACAUAUGACAGAUCCAUUUUAAAAUGGAGGGAUGAAAAGUUCUUUUCCUUUUUUCUUUUUUUUUUUGUAAAGGAGGCAAAAUUGUCUUCCUGGCUUAGUUUGAUUUCAGAUUUCUUUUUAGAAGUUUUGGCCUGUUAUUGGCCUAAAUUUGGUUAUUAAUUAGUAAUAUUACAUUAUUGGCCUAUGUUUGGAUAUUAACUUGUAGAAAUAUUUCAUUAAUAUUUAUCUUUUUCAUUCAGUUUUUUUUUUUUUUUUUUGCCCAUUUGCUUGCUAGACUGAAACUUUCCUCUCUAGGUUCUUAGGCUGUUGCACUGUGUGCUGGUACUGCAGUGUAGAAUAUACUCUACUGCGCUUUAACAGGGAUUCCAUUUACAUAUGACCUGCAGAUCAGUAGUUUACCCAGGACGAAAACACUGAUCUGUGGUUUCCAUGGCGAUGCCUACCACACAAUGUUCAUAUUGCUCAAGAUGAGGCAGGGAGAGAAUGAACACACACGCACACACACACUGAGGCUUGGCUGGCUUCACUUCAGAUACUUGGGUUAAAUCUUAAAUCUACCCUACAUAAAUGUUAUAGAUGUAUUGUCUCUGUAUUUGUUUGUGUGUGUGUGUGUGUGUGUGUGCGCGUGUGCUCCUGAAGAAUACACUGGAACAAUAUUACCUUGCUAGUUCUUUCCGCACAUAACGCAAUGUGCUCAGAUCAAACAGACUCGUGGGACGUCUCCUCACGACACAGGAUUUAGGCUCUGGAAACACUCUACCAAUCCCCCCAACCAGGAGGGCAGAAGGUGUAGAUUUGUAAUGAAUUACCUUGGUUCCUUUAGAUUGUAUGUAUUUGUGUCUAGCAACUGGAAAUGUUGUACAGAGAUGUCUGAUGAAGAGGGAGACUGCAGUGAGUCACUGAAAAAUGUGCAAAAAACAAAUGGAUGUUUGUUGAGAGAAAUUCUCCAAACUGAAAUGUACUGUCUCAAAUGUAACACAUUUGCCUCAAAUGUAAAAAAGUAAUGGACUACUGUUUUGGUUCAUAC